AUGGACCUAAGUUGCACCAGCUGUCAUAUAAAUUGUUGUAUUUUCUGUAUGAUUGCCAGAGGUGAAGACCAAGAUGCGCAAGUUUUAAAAAGGGAUGAAAAGAUGGUGUGUUUCCGAGACAUUUUCCCAGCCGCCCCUCAUCACUACCUGGUCGUUCCCGUCGAGCACAUAGUCAACUGCUUCUCACUGCAUGAAGGACACAUCACACUAGUGGAAAAGAUGGUUGAAAUGGGGAGAGACGUACUGCGGGAUCAAGGAGUCGCAGACAUGACGGAUAUUGCGAUUGGUUUCCAUCAACCUCCAUACAUUUCAGUGGAACACCUCCACCUCCAUGUUCUUGCCCCGGCCAGUGAGAUCCAGGAAAACAUGAUAUUUAAGUUCAUACCUGGAACCCCGUCCUUUGUAGAUGAAAAAAAACUAAGGGAGCGCUUAAAAAGUAUUCCUUCAUGGACAUCUGCCCAUUGUAAACCUAGUUAA